GGCUGCCACUCCAACCGAAUUAAAUUUUUAAUUUUCAUGUAAAUGGCAACGACAGCUAAACCUCGUACAUUUCAUUUCUGGCACUAUUCAUUACUUUCUAAAUAAAUUCACAAGUUAAAUUAAUAACCAGAGAUGAACGAUCCUAAUAAAGCUAUUAAUGUGAAUUUAUCAUCGCUUUUAAGUUUAAAAGCUGAGCUAUUACGUAAACAGGCAGAGGUAAACAAAGCAAAAUCUACCCAUGCUGAAACUCAACAGAAUGAAUAUACUGCAAAAAAAUUGCAAACAUUCAUUAAUAAUAGAGCUGCCUCGGAAGAUGCUCAAAGCAGUAAAAAAAAUAAAAAGUCUCGAAACAAAGAAGUGGAAGUCGGUGAGAAUAUUACCGUUUAUGAGUACGAAGACACCGAGUUGAUGGAAAAGUCAAAACGAGUGCUGGAAGCAAAAAGCAAGUUUUACGAACGUAUGACACGCACUGGAGGUCAAUUGAACUCAGAUGAUAACUGCUUAGUGUUAUUUAAUCGCAAGCACCAAGAAGAAUGCAAGGACAAUAACUAUUCCAACAAAUCUAAUGAGCAAUGUACAGAAAAUGAUGAUAAAAACAACGAAAGCGAAAGUGAGGAUGAAAUAGCAUCAGAUGAAGAAGACGAUUGGGUCGAAUAUACAGAUUGUUUAGGGCGAACUAGGAAAUGUCCACGGGAAGAUUUAGAAGUCAUUAAAAAAAGAGAUUCUGAAUUGGCAGCUACUAUGCCGGAACGGUUGGAUCAAUCUAAAGCUAAUUGGAUGAUAAAUACGAAAGACACCGAUAUAGGAACUCAGGAUGAAGAUGCACCUUUCGGUACAACGCCAUGUGAGAGUUUAUUCGGUGAUGGGAUUUCCUUAAUGUCCAAACAUGAUGAACAACGGGUCAAUUGGGAACGGAAAGAGCAAGAAAAUCUCGACAAGAUUGAUGUUCACUACCAGGAUGUUUUCUUUGAUGAAGCUAGGCAACACGGUGUCGGUUAUUAUACCUUCUCCACCGAUGAAGAAGAACGUAAAAAACAGCAAAAAGAAUUGGAAGAAGCUAGAAAAUGUACCAUUGAAGAGCAGAACCGUCGUGAAAAGCUCCGUGCACAGCGGGAAAAAAUCAUUGCAGAACGCGUGCUUGCAGCAAAAAAUAGGCAACGGGCUCGUCUUGGUUUGCCUCCUCUUGAGAAAGUUGAAGAAAAAGAAGAAGAUGCAAAUACAAAGAAAGAGACAAAGGAGGAGCGCAGAGCUAAAAAACGACAACAGAAAAUGAGACGAAAAAAUGAAAAAUAUGAAAAAGAAAGGGAGUUGGAUCGUCAGAAUCACCUGCGCCCAUGGGACAAGGAAAAACUGUUCAAAGAAAGUAGCAAUUUAGCUAUUGAUGAGAGCCAAAAUGAAUCUGAGCCAAAAUGGUCCUACAAGCCAGAGAAAUUGCCGAUGUCGCAAGAGCAAUGGAAUCAGAAGAAAAGAUCUGAACGUAUAUCAGAAUUUGGGCCCACUGCCAACCCACAAAUUCAGAGACAAUACCAGCCAAAACGUAAAAAUUUCACCAGUAUGCCUCCUCCAGAAGAACUGAGUUUCAUGAACGAUUCCAACAAUGACAAGUCUUCUACAACUGAAAAUUUCGCUAGUUAUCAGUCAUCUAAAAGUGAUAGAAGAUUUCUUUGUCGCAGUUACUGUACAGAGACCAUAGAACCAGAGGUAUUAGGAGUGAACAUAGCGCCACCUAUUGACUUAGAUUAUGUUUCGCCACCGCAUACUAAGAAGACAAAGUCCAACAGUGAACUAGAAAAAUCAAUUGAAGAAGGUUUACGAUUUCUGCGUAACAAUUCUGAUAAAGGCACUUUGACCACUAAAUCCAGUUGGACAGCAAAGGCAGACUAUUGAAUGAUUGAGGCAACCAAUUAUAUGUAAAACAUACAAAUAUAGCUAUACAUUCUUUUUAAGCAAAUUUAUUUAAUAGUAUUUGGUAUGUAGCAUUUUCAUUCACUUAUGGUUGUCGAACAAGUAUUCAACGAUUAACAAUUUUCUUUUAUAAAUACAAAUUUAUUCAAGCGACAAUAUGCAAUAUUGCUACAAAUUGUUAUUGUCAGUAUGAAGUUUUUGGUAAUAUUGUAUAUUACAAAAUUUUCUCCGAUAAAAUAAAAGUAAAGCCAUUAGAGCGAAA